AUGCACGGGCGGCGGAAGUAUUACCCCUGGCCAUGGGCGUACCCCAGCGUCGUUGAACAGGACGAGCCGUUCGCGCCGCGGCCCGAGUCAUGGCUGGACGAAGACCUCCCCGAUGAGCCCGACGACGAGGCCACAUUUCCGCGCGGGCGCGACGUCAUCCCCCCCGGAGACAGCGAUGACAGCGAUUAUGAGGCGGAGGCACGUGCGCUGACGGAGGCGGUGGCGGACGAGGCAGCGUUCAAGGCAUAUGUUGACCUGCAUUCGGAGUACUGGCCGAUAAUCCCGCUCUCCGAGGAGGAACGCGACGAUUUACCGCGUCGCGUCGCGUAUCUGGAAGAGGUUGAGAAGAAGGCAGCGGAGGUGUAUGACCCUGACGAAGUGGUGGCACUCAUCGCAGAAUUCUACCAGCUGAUUGUGGAGAUGGGGCACUGGGAGCCGGAGGACAUCCAAUAUGCCCCGCAUUCCCAACCGGUGGACACACAGCUCGCCAGAGACCUCGGGUACGACGCAGGGGUCAUCGCGUUGAUGGAGAAGCUGCCGUAUGUCCGCGUGACCGUCGCGCGAGACUCAAAAAAGUACCUCCUAACCAACACCGCCUUUGCCAACUACACCGACGAGGCCGAUAUGCGCGCCGGAAGACAGCCACCGUCAACAGAUGAUCCAGAGGAUCCAGAGCCACCCUUCGACUCGUGGCUGCUCCCGCUGACAGUUCCCGGCGUCGAUCCCCGUGGCUGGACGAUUCUUCUCGACACCCGCGUCGGGCUCGUGCGCGCGCACGGCCCGGGCCUCGCAGUCGCUUCGGACAACACCGCCGAGUGGCUCCGGCACGGCCCGGUCCCUCAAUCCGGCCCGAUCGUCCCGCCACAGCGCGUCCCAGGCGUCCCCGCCGCGCGCUACUUUGCCGAACUCAUCUUCGCGUACAGGUCACUCGCGUGCCUCCCGCUCACGCGUCCUGAGUGGAGCUUCACGUCGUAUGAGCUCCGCUCUACACAGGGGCUCCGAGAGAGGCAUGUGCUGAUGCGGCUGUACCGCGAGUGCGGAUGGCCCGAUAAGAAUAAGUGGCAUCGCGCGGAGCUUCUUGAGAAAUGGCGAGACAUCAAGGCAAAAAUCGAGGAGCUAGCAGCGGCGUCAAAGGCGAAGAAGGCGGCCCUCGCGGCACAAGUUCAAGCGUAA